GGUCAAUCGCCCGCUUAAUUCUUUACAUACUAGUCAUUGAUUUCCAAUUCUUCUGAUUCGGAUUAUUUCCCCCCAAUUGACUUGAUACUGACCUGGCCGAUUCCCUACCAUGUCCGCAACCCCCGAACCGCGUGGCCGUCGGUCACGGGGGCCCGCGAACUCGGUGAUCUCUACACCAGGAGACACCACCCUGACUGGACUCCAGCGUCUUCCACGCUACCCAUACACACCUAGUCGGCUCGCAAUGUCAACGACGCCAUCCGCAAACCGAUCGGUUUCUCGAUCGCGACUCACGCCACGUCAACGAGGAGUCGGCGCUCCAUCUACGCCCCAUGGACUCCGUGCUAUGCAGCGGCGCGCUGCGAAUACCCCCGGUCGUGACCGCAGACGAAGCGGGCCGGCCAAGCGAGAGACGACAUUUGAUAUCUUGAGGAAUCUCGGAAAAGCCCUUGCCCCUGUGUCUCAACCUAUCCGAUCGUCGCCCCAAGUCGCCCCGGGGCCGGAGUCGGAGCCGGAACUGGACGAGAUCGAGGAACUCGACAACGAACCUGAGAUUGAGCGGCCUCGUUUGUCGUUGCCGCUAGCGGAAGAAGAGGACGAGGAUGAGGGCGAGGGUAGUCCGGAGCCACGCCCGCCUCGUUUCUCGCUGGCUUUCGAGGAGGAAGAUAUCACCGUUGAAUACCCCCGCCGAGCGCCAAGCGAACAUGACAAGGCGCGAUUGUCGAUGGCGAGUUUCGGUGCCCCUCGGCUGAGCGAGUUUGGCGACGCGGCUAGAUUCGAUAGUGGCAGUGAGGAUGAGGGCGACACGGGUAUCAUGCCUGAUGAUGACGGCCAGGAUGAAACACUUAUGAGCCAGGGUGCUUUCGAUAGAGGAGGCGAAACGGAGGAUCUUGGACGGUUCAACUUUGACUUCAAUUUCCCGUCCCCGCCCCCGCCGGGUGAUGACCUAAUCCAGGACGAGCCGAUGAAUGACGAUGAGUUCGAGCUUCCGGCAGUCGACUUAGAACCAGGGCCCGCCCCUGCGUCGGACGACAGCGAUGAUGCGGGCGAUGCUACGGGCGGAUUUGGCUUGGGGCUUGAUCUUGCCGCUCCCGUCUCGCCCAGUCAGAGUUCCGGGGUUCUCGGGGGAGGGCUGCGUGACGAGAGCACCCUCUUUCAAGGAACCAAACAGAAGAAGCUCUCGCGACAUGGUAUCCCUGUUCCCAACCUGCCGACAGGCGUGGUGAAGAAAUUGGCGACGCGCUUUGCCCCGUCGAGGGCGGGAUCCAAGGCGAAGAUCAGCAAGGCUACGCUGGCGGCCAUUGAGCAGGCUUCGGCCUGGUACUUCGAACAGGCCGGUGAAGACCUCGCGGCGUACGCAAAACACGCCGGUCGGAAAACCAUCGACGAAAGUGACGUUACGACUCUGAUGAGGAGACAACGGCACACUAGCAAUGCGACCACGGUCUUCUCUCUUGCGCAAAAGCAUCUCCCCAAGGAACUUUUGCAGGACAUGAGAUUGGCUAUGCCGCCGUGAACAAUACUAUACAGGUACAAGUACAUCAAAUAAAGAAAAAGGAAUGGAGAACCAGAACAAGUUCGUCUUGAACUUCCCAAACGCCAUCGACAAUCGCCACGAUUCACUCCGUGGACCGGAGAAUAUCUACCAAUUCUUGUUUUGACGGACACGGCGCGUGGCCUCGUUGGGUCUCUUGCGGAUGAUCAUACCCAGCAUGAUGGACGUUGCCAGA